GAGAACUGGUGUCACCAGUAAAUGUAUAAAAAAGGUCAGGUCCUUUUUUUUCCCCAGUCUUGAGUAUCUGUUCUCCAAAAUGGAGCUGCUGUUUGUAUUCAUUUUGCCACUGGCAUUUAGUGCUUCAGGUGUUGAUGCCAAUAAAAACCUGAGCGUGGUGCCCAGCAUCACUGCAGUUCUGGGCAGAGAUGUUACCAUACCGUGCACUUACCAGCUCUCUCCGGGAUACUCGGAAAUGAGUUUAAAAUGGACAAUGAGGAAGGAUGGAGACACUAAGACUCUUCUCUACAGGGACAGGCUCAGCUACAGCAUUCCUCUCUCCAUGUACAGAUCCCGAGUAAGCAUUCCAAGCACUGACCAGGUCGGGAAUGUCUCGCUCACUCUGAAAGAAAUGUAUUUCCAGGACAGAGCAGAUUACAUGUGUGAAGUGACCUGGAGAAAUGGGAGUGAAAACACAGUGCAGGACACAGCGCUCAUCAAAGUAUCUGUCGUCCAGGUUCCUGUUUCAAAACCAGUUAUGCCCAAUGUCCAGUCCCCAAUCUACAUCCAAGCGGGUCAAAGCAUCAGUCUCACUUGUACAGCUACCGGGUCUUUACCCAUCACAUACAUGUGGUACAAGAAGCAACCAGAUGGGACCAAAACAAGGUUAUCAAGACAAGCUGCCCUCACCGUAUCUGAUGCAGGAACAUACUAUUGUGAAGCAGAGAAUUUCGCUUCUGGAAAGAAAGUUGAACAGAGUGGUCCAAUAGAACUUAUUGUACAAGAGUGGAUCGAAGCAACGUCUGAAGAUUAUACCUACCAAUCCACUACUGAAGUAAAAAACAUUCCAACGUCUACUUCUUAUAUUGAAACCAGCAGCACUGAAUCUGGUGGAAAUGCCGUUUCUCCUGCGUCGCGCCAAAAAGGGAACAGGACUCUGUUAUGGCUCUACAUCCUGAUUGCUGCUCUCUGCAUUGUGGUGCUCUUCGCUGUCAUCAUAGCCAACGUCAUAAUGAAGAAAAGGAAAAAGAAAAGAAAUGAAUAUGACCUUAAUGUAACUUUUUCCUCUCAUCUUGCUGGGGCAAAUAACAACAUGGAAGACAAAAAAUGCACUGCUCGCGAAAAUGAAUAUGAAGCGAUGAUAUGCAAAAACGAGAAUGAGUAAGCUACCAUGACUACGGACCGAGCCAGCUGAGGAAUCAAUGCGUCAGAAGUCAAACAACAGCCCUAGUUAACAAAGUCAUCUGGAAUGGUGCUGUGCUGCAUUCAUGCAUGGUGAUCAGUUUACAGAUCAAGAUUGCAAUCUUUCACAACUCUGCUCAGUCAUCAGGAGUUGCAUGUUAGGGCUAGGUUACACAACGCAUUGGGGCGGUAACCUUUUCACAACUUUUAUUCUGUCUUGCAACCUUUAAAACUGCUGUUUUGUAGAAAACUGUGCAAGUCCCCUGGAUAAUCAAUUGGGGCUUAUCUCUGCAUACUUGGAAGUGUUGUAAGUUCUUGCAUAUCGUUUCCAUGUUUAGGAAUGAUCUGCUGAUCUUGUGUGUCGAUAUCUGUGGUACUCUGAUCUGACAAGCAUUUAUAUUUAAUAAAGAGUAGAUUUCCAUGAAAACAAAACCUUCAUUAGCACACCUGCAUUCAGAAGCAAACUGUUAUACCUUUAUCUGCAGAAAUCCAUACAAAAUGUCCUACAUAUUUUACAAACAGCUCAUUGUUAUGCAUGCAGCUUGAGUGCAAC